CACAUUAUUUAUGUGGGCAGUGAGAGUGAGAGAGUGAACACACUGCUGUACUGUACUCUUGCAUGGAGGUGUGGCCUACUUCUCCCACUACCUUCCAUCCAAUCUACAAUUUUUUUUGAAAAUUUUAUUCUGAUUAUUUUUGGCCAUUUUUAGAUCAGAUUUGAGAACAAGUUAACUUCAUCCAUACUGUUUUCACAUUUAUAAAGAUCCCAAUUUCUUUGAGUUUUAGAGAGACAAGCAGUCCAACAAAAACCCAGAAAACCAGAGAGUUUUAGAGAGAGAAAGACAGAGUUUUGCAGAGAGAAAAACAGGGGAGAAGAAGAAUAAUGGGAACAAAUACAGUUUCUAAGCUGAUAAUAUUCAGCAUUUUUCUGGGUUUAUUUCAGUUGAUAAAUUCUGCUAAAAUAACUUAUGAUAGUAAGGGUAUUAUCAUCAAUGGCCAACGCAAACUCCUCAUUUCUGGUUCUAUUCAUUAUCCCAGAAGUACCCCCGAUAUGUGGGAAGAUCUUAUAAGGAAGGCGAAAGUUGGAGGUCUGGAUGUUAUUGAUACUUAUGUAUUCUGGAAUGGGCAUGAGCCUUCCCCUGGAAAAUAUCACUUUGAAGGGAGAUAUGACUUAGUAAGAUUCAUCAAGACAAUUCAUAGAAAUGGACUAUAUGUAAAUCUCCGCAUUGGUCCCUAUGUUUGUGCUGAAUGGAAUUUUGGUGGGUUUCCUGUAUGGUUGAAGUAUGUCCCUGGAAUCAGCUUCCGAACAGACAAUGAGCCAUUUAAGAGAGCAAUGCAAGGUUUCACUGAGAAGAUUGUUGGUAUGAUGAAAAGUGAGAAUUUAUUUGCUUCUCAGGGUGGUCCGAUCAUCCUAUCUCAGAUUGAAAAUGAGUAUGGAUCAGAGCUUAAGGAAUUUGGGGCCCCUGGUAAAGCAUACAUAGAUUGGGCUGCGAAAAUGGCGGAUGGAUUAAGAACUGGAGUCCCGUGGUUGAUGUGUAAGGAAGAUGAUGCCCCGGAGCCUAUGAUAAACACAUGCAAUGGUUUCUACUGUGAUUAUUUCAAGCCUAACAAACCAAACAAACCCAAGAUGUGGACUGAAGCUUGGAGUGGAUGGUUCUCCGAAUUUGGAGGUCCAGUUCACGAGCGACCUGUUGAAGAUUUGGCUUUUGCAGUUGCCCGUUUCAUACAAAGCGGUGGUUCAUACAUUAACUAUUACAUGUACCAUGGUGGAACCAACUUUGAACGAACAGCUGGCGGACCAUUCGUUACAACUAGUUAUGAUUAUGAUGCCCCAAUUGAUGAAUAUGGUUUAAUUAGGCAACCCAAAUAUGGGCACUUGAAAGAUCUACAUCGAGCCCUCAAGCUUUCAGAACGAGCAAUACUCUCUUCGGAACCUAAAGUCACUUCAUUGGGAACCUAUCAUCAGGCUUUUGUCUUCUCUGGCCAAGGAACUUGUGCUGCUUUCCUCUCCAACUUCCAUUUCACUUCAUCAGCAAGGGUGAAAUUCAACAAUGAGCACUAUGAUUUGCCUGCUUGGUCUAUUAGCAUACUCCCUGAUUGCAAACACGUAGUCUAUAAUACCGCUAGGGUUGGAGUUCAAACCUCACAUACGCAAAUGUUACCAGCCAAUUCUCAGUUGUCCUCGUGGGAGAUUUAUGAUGAAGAUCUUUCUUCUCUGGAGGAGCGCCCAACAAUGACAGCUGUCGGACUUCUAGAACAGAUCAAUGUCACCAGAGAUAGCAGUGACUAUCUUUGGUACAUGACCAAUGUCCAUGUUAGCCGGUCAGAUUUGCAUGGAGCUCCCAGUCUCAUGGUGCAAUCAGCAGGGCAUGCUCUUCAUGUUUUUGUCAAUGGAAAGUCUUCAGGGUCAGCUUUUGGGACUAGGGAGGACAGGAGGUUUACUUUUAAAGGACCAGUCAAUCUUCAUGCAGGAAUGAACAGAAUUGUGCUGCUAAGUGUGGCAGUUGGUUUACCGAAUGUGGGGCCACAUUAUGAAUCAUGGAAUACUGGAAUCCUUGGUCCAGUGGUAUUGCAUGGUCUUGGCAAUGGCAAGAGGGAUUUAACAUGGCAAAAAUGGUCGUAUCAAGUUGGAUUGAAGGGGGAGAAUAUGAAAUUAACGUCUCCUAAUGGAGCCUCAUCUACUGAGUGGAUACGUGGUUCACUUGCUGCACAGAGUACUCAACCCCUGACCUGGUAUAAGGCCAACUUUGAUGCACCAGGAGGGGUCGAACCGUUGGCAGUAGAUAUGAAAAGCAUGGGUAAAGGUGAAAUAUGGAUCAAUGGUAGAAGUAUAGGAAGAUAUUGGACUAAUUAUGCAAAGGGAGACUGCAAACCUUGCAGUUAUACUGGAACAUACCGUCAAGUAAAAUGCCAAUCUGGCUGUGGUAGCCCAACCCAAAGAUGGUACCAUGUUCCAAGGGAUUGGUUAAAUCCAAGACAAAAUUUGAUGGUCAUCUUUGAGGAACUAGGUGGGGAUGCAUCAAAGAUCUCUCUGGUGAAGAGAUCAGUGUCACGUGUUUGUGGUGAUGCAUUUGAACACCAUGCAAUGGUUGAAAACUGGCGGUUAGAUUCCAACGGCGAUCGCCAGAUAGUUCACCAUGCCAAGGUUCAUUUGCAGUGUGGAGCAGGGCAGUCUAUUUCAUCCAUCCAAUUCGCAAGUUUUGGCACUCCAUUCGGAUCCUGUGGAACUUUCCUCAAGGGAGCAUGCCACUCUGAGAACUCCCAUGAUAUUGUAGAGAAGCUUUGUGUUGGCAAAAAAAGAUGCUCGGUUGCUAUAUCCAACUCAAUCUUCGGAGGAGAUCCAUGUCAUAAUGUGUUAAAACGACUAACAGUCGAAGCUAUUUGUUCUUAGUUAUAUCAACCAAAACCAAAACAGACAUGAAAUUUCCAGUGUGUAAAGAGUUCUAUGACAGCUUGUGUUCAUAUAGUAAGCGAUAAGGAAGGGGAGAAAAGAAGACGGAGAUUAAUAAAGGUCGAAGACUAUCAAUGGCAUAUGGAAACGGAUACACAUUUGAGCAGAUUAUAGAAAAGGUUUGUGUGUAUAGUAGCCAUUCCCUUAACUUUUAUUAGGGAAUGGGAUUAAAGUGAAGGGGUCGAUAAUUAUAUCGAGUAUUAUUUAUAAGUGCUCCAGGAGUAGGUUACGCAGAAUUCGUGAUUGCUUUUACAAGUCAGCUCUUCGAUGUUUUUUCUUCUUCGCGUCUUUGUUUUGUGAUCCAUCCUUAUUAGUAUGUGAUUUGAACAAGAUUUGUUUUCCUUCUGAGCGUAAUUAAAUGGGGUAAUUAGUUUUUGCUAUAA